AUGUUACUAAACUCUGCUGCUCAACACCGUGUCAAACAUUUUAAUCUUUUAUUAGCACGUGAGUUAUCAUAUAUUGAACGUACGCAUUCACAAAAUUUAAUGUCUCAUCAAAAACUUGAAAAUUCAAUACGUCGGGCUAAUAAUCAAAUAUUGAAUAAUAAUCGAACGAAAAUAUGCAUGCCAUUUGAUAAUAUUUAUAAUGAACAAACUGAAUCUAUUGAUUAUCAUAAAAUGCGUAUUAAUGAUCAGAUUAACAUCAACGGUAACACCAACACCAACACCGCCAACACUACCAUCAUCACCGCCACCGCCAACAGUAAUAAUAAUAAUAUUGCUAACUACAAUCAUAAUAAUCCUAAUUUAAAACGUCGUUUAUCAAUUGGUGGUUCUAGUACUAUUAGUCAAAAUCAAGCAAAUUUUGAUCCAAUCGUAGAUGAAUUUUCUGAUGAUACAUCAUCAUUUAUUUCAUUACGACGUCGAAGAUUUUGCACAAAAAGUCAACGUUUACCUCCCAUAGUUAAAGCAACUAUAUCGACACGACACAAACGAGAACCUAAAAAUCAACAAUGGGUGACAAAUCUUCCACAAUCCAAUAAUAAUAAUAAUAAUAAUAAUAAUAAAUCAAAAGAUGAUGUUCAUGAGCACUUAACAAUGUUAAAUGAUGAAUCCUUAAAAUCUACUUUAACAGAAUUAACACCUAUACAAAGACAAGUCCGUUCAUUUCUGGAAACAUUACCAACAUAUAAAGGUGCUCAAAAUGGUUUCGAUAGUUUUGGUCCAGCAUCACUCUAUACAAAUCGCUCACCAGUUGCGAUCAGAUAA